AUCAGACGUUGCGUGAAAUCGAUCCAUAUUUGCUUUGUUCUCAAAUAACUGAAAAGUCAAAGGUUGRCAAGGGACGUUKYAUUAACUUUCAGGAGAAGAAGUGUUCUUGCAAAGGACUGAAAGUCAAGCCUGAUCUCGACGUCAGCAAGGAGUUUAUUUAAUAUCAUGCAAACUGAACAAAGUUCAUCKGAAGUCAAUCACAAUCCCRAAUCCACCAAUUCUCCAGAUGAAGAGAUUUCUCUUCGGCGUGUACUCGGGCUUCCUGGAGCAUCGUCCAUAGUAGUUGGUGGGAUUAUUGGAUCGGGUAUUUUYGUAUCAGCGCGGUGGGUUGUGGUAUACAGUGGGUCUGUUGGGCUGGCRCUGUGCAUUUGGUUUUUGUGCGGUUUGGUUUCAUUCAUUGGCGGACUGUGUUGGGUGGAACUGGCGCUGACUUUCCCAAAGUGCGGAGUAGUUUAUCAUCGGAGCAAUGUUGAAGUCUCUUUGAAGAUCGCCACUUGGAAUGCCAUCGGUUGCACAGGGAGUAUUUAUCGAGGCACAGCUUUGAGAGCGCCAAGUUCGUACAUUCUCAUAAAGGAAACACUUGGUCCAGUCCUUGCUUUCUCGUGUGUUUGGGUGAGAUUUAUCGUCGUGUAUCCCGCAGCAACGACGAUCAUCAUGCUGACAUUUGCAUCUUAUUUGAUUGAACCAAUAUUCCCUGGAUGCGCGGAUCGUGAGGACCUACAGCCUCUCAUCAAGUUAAUUGGGGCUUGCGCUACCUGUACUUUCUGUCUUCUAAACUGCCUUAGUGCUACUUGGGCAGCAAGGGUCCAGGUCAUAUUUACAGCAGGGAAAAUCAUCGCUUUAGUCACAUUUACUGUCACUGGAUUUGCUUGGAUUGCCARAGGAAAUACAGCUAAUUUUAGUGAYACAUUCAAAGGAUCGACGUCUGAAAUAGGAAUGAUUGCCUUGGCUUUUCAAAGUGGRCUUUGGGCUUAUGAAGGAUGGGAUGCUUUGCCUGAUAUUACAGAGGAGGUCAAACGGCCGACCAGGAACAUGCCAUGGGCCAUUAUUGGUGGAGUCGCGUUUGUAACGUGUGCUUACCUUCUUGUAAACGUGGCAUACAUUGCUGUUUUAUCCCCAGAAGUUCUAAAAAGUUCUCCAGCUACUGCUGUGGCCUUUGGAUAUUAUGCUUAUAGCCCUGCUGUGGCUAGAAUYAUUCCACUCCUUGUCGCCUUUUCUGUGUUUGGUUCCAUCAAUGGGAUUUUGUUUACUUACGGAGGAGUGAUGUUUUCGGCUGCACGUGAAGGUCACAUGCCAAGUUUCAUGGCAACCAUCCACAAGACCAAAAGAACUCCUAUAUUCGCAAUGUGCUUUAGGACAAUCUUGGGAUGUUUGUUGCUAAUUCCUGACAAGAGUACCAUCAAGACUUUGAUAAGUCUACACAGCACUGGUGAAUGGAUAACSUACAUUCUCGUCAUUAUUGGUUUGCUGUGGACACGAUACAGAAAACCCGAACUAAAAAGACCUUUUAAGAUGCCUAUCGCCAUUCCUGUCYUCUUCUUGUUGAUCUCGCUUUACAUGAUCAUCGUCCCUUUCUUCAAGGCACCACUCGAGUCCUCCAUCUCCGUACUUCUCAUUCUCACUGGGCUUCCUGUGUACUAUUUCUGUAUUUAUUUAAAAGCCACACCCAAGUAUAUUUUGAGAUUACUUGGUUGGAUUUCAUUCAAGAGUCAGCAAGUUUUCAAUGUCCGAUAUCCAACAACGAUAACGACAGAAUAAACAAGACAUUCGUAUGAAUUUCUAUUCUUUAUUUUACAGUCAAUUUAAAAUCUAAAAUAAAGUCAAGCUGCUGUAA